AUUGUGGAGGCUCAACACGAGGUGGACAAGCUCUACAAGGUGGAGAGCCGGCCAGCCCUCAGCACCAGCGACCAGUUCUGCUUCCUCGUCCGGCCACGGAUCAAGACGAUGAGGUACAUCGCUGAUAUUGUCAAUGCUGACAAGAUGUCAGGGAGGAGCAGGAAGUACAAGAUUAUCUUCAGCCCCCAAAAGUUUUACGCUUGCGAGAUGGUGCUGGAGGAAGAGGGAGUCUUUGGUGAUGUCACCUGCGAUGAAUGGUCCUUCUACCUGCUCCCUUUGGACGAAGACAUCAUCAGUAUGGAGCUGCCCGAGUUCUUCCGCGACUACUUCUUGGAGGGAGAUCACCGCUGGAUCAACUCCGUCGCUCGAGCCCUGCAGUUACUGAACUCCCUGUACGGACCUUUCGGCAAGGCCUAUGGGAUUGGCAGGUGUGCCAAGAUGAGCUACGAGCUGUGGCGCGACCUGGAGGAAGAGAGCGAGGGGGACAGCCAGGGCAGGAAGCCAGAGAUUGGCAACGUCUUCCUCAUGGACAGAGACCCAGACUACGUGACAGCGCUGUGCUCCCAGAUGGUGUACGAGGGGCUGGUGGACGACACCUUCCGCAUCAAGUGUGGGAGCGUGGAUUUUGGGCCAGAUGUCACCUCUUCUGACAAGAGUAUUAAGGUGCUGCUCAAUGCCCAGGACAAAGUCUUCAGCCAGAUUCGGAAUGAGCACUUCUCUAGUGUGUUUGGCUUCCUGAGCCAGAAGUCGCGUAACCUUCAGGCACAGUAUGACCGGCGCCGCGGCAUGGACAUCAAGCAGAUGAAGAACUUUGUCUCCCAGGAACUGAAGGGACUAAAGCAAGAGCAUCGCCUGCUGAGCCUGCAUAUUGGUGCCUGUGAGUCCAUCAUGAAAAAGAAAACCAAGCAGGACUUCCAGGAGAUGAUCAAGGCUGAACACUCUCUGCUGGAGGGCUUCGACAUCCGUGAGAGCACCAGCUUCAUAGAGGAGCACAUCGACCGGCAGGUGUCCCCCAUCGAGAGCCUGCGCCUGAUGUGCCUCCUGUCCAUCACGGAGAACGGUCUCAUCCCCAAAGACUACCGCUCCCUGAAGACCCAGUACCUGCAGAGCUACGGGCCUGAGCACUUGCUGACCUUCCACAACCUCAAGCGCAUCGGGCUGCUGACCGAGCAGUCGGCUGGAGAGACCCUGACUGCUGUGGAGAGCAAAGUCAGCAAGCUGGUGACGGACCGUGCUGCAGGAAAGAUCACAGAUGCAUUUAAUUCUUUGGCCAGGAGGAGCAAUUUUCGAGCCAUAAGCAAGAAACUGGGGUUGAUCCCCCGGGUGGACGGAGAGUACGACCUGAAGAUGCCUCGGGACAUGGCUUAUGUGUUCAGCGGCGCCUACGUCCCCCUAAGCUGCAAGAUCAUUGAGCAGGUACUGGAGCGCCGGGGCUGGCUGGGCCUGGAGGAGGUCGUGCGGCUGCUCAACGGCAAUGAGUUUUCCAUCUCAGACAGCGCCGUGGAAGACAACCCUGCCUGGGAGUCCCAGCGCGUCAUCCUCGCCGUCUUCCUGGGGGGCUGCACCUUCUCUGAAAUCGCUGCUCUUCGGUUUUUGGGGAAGGAGAGAGGUAAGAGCUGCAGGGGGUGGAUGGGGACUGCUGCCUGCCGAGGGGCAAGUCUCCUGGACAUGAUGGUCUUGGAGGAGCAGAGCCUGAAGGAGCGUCUGUUGAAGAGCAUCGCCAUGUGUCGGAAGGAGCUUGACACCCUCUGCAGGGAGCUCCAGCUGGACCCCUUCGAGGCAGAGGAACAAAGUACCAUUCUGCAGAUGGAGAAGGAUUUGCGUGCCCGUGUGGAAGUGAUGUUAAAGCAGAAAAGGGACAGGAAGCAGGAGCUGAAAACCCUGCAAGAGCGAGAUCAAGACUUGUGCGACAUCCUCUGCACAACCCCAUUCUGCAUUGACAGCAAUGCUGUGCCCAGCCUGGAGGACCUGGAUCGUUACAGGCGCCACUUGGCUGCCCUGACCACUGAGAAGGAGCAAAGGCGAGAACAGUUUGUCAACAGCAAGCGGCAAAUCAUCCUCCUCAUGGAGGAGCUGGACCACACUCCAGACACAAGCUUUGAGCAGGACGUGGUGUGUGAGGAUGAGGAAGCCUUCUGUCUGUCUGAGGAGAACAUUGCUGCUCUCCAGAAUCUGCUGCAGCAGCUGGAAGCCCGGCGAGCCCUGAACGAAGCUGUGUGCACAGAGCUGCGCUCCAGAAUCAUUGCGCUUUGGGAAAGGCUGCAGGUUCCUGUGGAGGAGAGAGAGUCUUCUGCAGUGCACAUGACGGGGUCGAGAGCCAAAACCAGGAAAGCUCUGCAGUUGGAAGUGGACCGUCUGGAGGAGCUGAAGCUGCAGAACAUGAAAUCUGUGGUUCAGGCAAUCCGGGCAGAGCUGGCUGACUACUGGGACAAGUGCUUCUACAGUCAGGAGCAGAGGGAAGGCUUCAGUCCCUAUUACGAUGAGGACUAUACAGAGACCCUGCUCGAGCUCCAUGAUGCUGAGGUGGGGAAGAUGAAGAGCUACUAUGAGACACACAAAGAUCUGUUUGAGGGUGUCCAGAAAUGGGAGGAGAACUGGAAGCAGUUCCUGGAGCUGGAGAGGAAAGCCACUGACCCCAGUCGCUACACCAACCGUGGGGGGAAUCUGCUGAAAGAAGAGAAGCAGCGAGCAAAGCUGCAGAAGAUGCUUUCCAAGCUGCAGGAGGAGCUGGAGAGCAGGGUCCAGGCCUGGGAGCAGGAGCAGGAGGGGGCUUUCCUGGUGAAGGGGCAGCAGUUCAUGGAGUACGUGAGGGAGCAGUGGCAGCUGUACCGCCUGGAGAAAGAGAAGGAGAAACAGGAGCGGCACCUGAAGAAAAGCCGCCAGAUUGAGGCAGAGAUGAUGUACGGAAGCACCCCACGGACACCCGUCAAGCGCCGGGUGCUCGGCCCCCACACGCCUGGCAAAGUAAGGAAGCUCAACGGCACUUCCAUCUCCAGCGCUACACCCAACAGCACCGUUCGUUCAGCUUUUGGGGGAACCAUCUACCACUCACCAACGUCUCGGUUGCCACCUUCUGGAGGGAAGUUUGGCCAGGCUCGGACUCCCAACUGCGCGGCUGCGAAGCCCCGCCGUCCCGGACACAGGGAGCAGAACAAGGAGAACGUGUCCCAGCUGAACGGAACCACCCUGAGCGGUGGGUGCACCCCUACAGCCCCUGCCCAGCGUAACCACAGCGUUAGUUCUGUUGCCAGCACCUAUUCUGAGUUUGCGCGCGAACUUUCAAAGGCUUCCAGGUCUGACAGCAGCUCCCGCGUCCUGAACUCCACCACCACCACUGCCUUCUGCUGA